ACCGAAGUUACAUUAAUUUAAAUGUUUUUUGUUCAAUGAUUUUGAUUCAACAGUUUUUAAGUUCGUAGUCCGUAGCGUAGAGCUCUCGUAGCCGCGCCCGCCUUGCCGCCCGCCCGUUGAUAUCGCUUGCCCUACAGUAUCACCAAUAAAAUUCAGUCCGUAGUCGAGUCGGUUCAGUCAGUAUGCCUCCCGCCGCAACCGAGGUCGGACGUGUGGCGAGCGCCGCGAUCUCACUCACUAUUCGCUUACGAAAUGUGUGACAAUAAGUGUUGCUUCCUCUUUGUUAUUUAAAAUUUUGAUGUGUUUAUAGACAAUAAUAACGCUGUUAAUAUACUUAGAACUUUUUAAAAUAUUAGUAUCUAAUUGUAAAGUGUGUAUAUUGCUUGAUUCUGUCUGCGAAUAUUAUCAACUAUAGAUGAGAUUUCACCGAUGAGUCGAGGAGCACCAGACCCUGAUCUGUCUCGGAGACGGAUGCCGUGAGCUCUACCCAAAAGAGCGCACGACGUCGGCGUGAUGAGCACAACCCGCCAUAAUGCGUCGGCGGCCAUUUUAAACCGGGAACGGACGCGUUUGUCGGCUCGAGAUGGCCGUCAAUCGCGGCGUACGCACAGCCAGCCUCCCUGCGCACGCGCAAUCCCAUACCCCACCGCGGCACUAUGAAAUGUGGAAACACGGCAAGUGGCGACAGAAAACGUCACCACCAAGGACAAACGCAGCCGUUAGGGUUCCGAGAUAGAGACAUUGUAUAGUGAAAUCCUUAGAGGCCUAAGUGUUACUUUUGUGUGUAAAUAUAGUGGUGUAUAGAUGUUAAGGAUGGCGGGCGAGGGUAGGGGUUCACGAGCGCCGUUGCUUGAGUGCGGGGGGGCUGAGUUUGCUCAUCCGCACAAGACUUCAGCGCCCCGGUGUUGCUUCUGGCUGGCAAGCCAUGUCAACGUGAGGAAGUGUGUCGCCGGCGUCAUGCUGCUAUCCGUCCUCACCAUAUUCUUCUAUACAUAUUACGUCACAGUACCUCUCACCAGUCUGGUGUGGCGGGAUCGCGUUCCGCGGCCUCUCUCGCAGUGCUCGUUGCUUGCCUCGCAGCAACAGGCGGCGAGGGACCACAGAUCAGACGCGCGUCUGCGCAUCGACGCAAAGGUGCUCGUCAUCGUCGAGUCGGCCUAUUCGCGGCUAGGACGCGAUAUAGCUGAACUACUCGUUGCGAACCGUAUACGGUACAAAGUGGAGGUAGCAGGCAAGAGCUUGCCCGUACUCACCACUUUGGACAAGGGGCGGUACGGCGUAAUCGUAUUCGAAUCGCUAUCGAAAUACGCGAACAUGGACAAAUGGAAUCGAGAACUUCUCGAUAAGUAUUGCAGGGAAUAUUCCGUGGGUGUUGUCGCGUUCGCAACGCCAGGGGAAGAGACGCUCGUAGGCGCACAGCUGAAAGGAUUCCCUCUGUUCAUGCAUACUAAUUUGAGGCUAAAGGAUGCAACAUUAAACGCAGCAUCGCCAGUACUUCGACUCGCCCGUGCCGGCGAAACGGCGUGGGGCGCGCUCCCCGGCGACCACUGGGCGGUGUUCAGGGCCAACAGCUCCACGUACGAGCCAGUUGCCUGGGCAAUCAGGCAGAACGAAUAUGGAUCUGGUGAGGAACGCAUGCCGCUAGCGACAGUGAUACAAGACCACGGCCGUUUGGAUGGCGUCCAACGGGUCCUGUUCGGCUCGGGCCUGCAGUUCUGGUUACAUCGUCUCCUGUUCCUCGACGCGCUAAGUUAUCUCAGCCACGGCCAGCUUAGCUUGAGCCUCGACAGGUGGAUACUCGUCGAUAUUGAUGAUAUCUUCGUAGGUGAAAGAGGUACUCGUCUUCACGAGGAAGACGUGGCAGCCAUGCUAGCGUCGCAGGCGGCGCUGCAGCGUCUGGUCCCCGGGUUCCGGUUCAACCUGGGCUACAGCGCGAAGUACUACCACCACGGGACCUCGCUCGAGAACCGCGGCGACGAUGCCCUACUUAAGAGUAGAGAGCACUUUAACUGGUUUUGCCACAUGUGGAAUCACCAGCAACCCCACCUGUACAACAACGUAACACAUCUAGAAUCCGAGAUGAUGUUGAACAAACAGUUCGCUAUCGAGCACGGCAUACCGACAAACUCUUGUUACUCCGUGUCACCACAUCACUCGGGGGUCUACCCCGUCCACGAACCGCUGUACGAGGCUUGGCGGAAAGUGUGGGACGUCAAAGUGACCAGUACCGAGGAAUACCCGCAUCUGAGACCCGCUAGGUUACGUCGAGGCUUCCGUCACAGAGGGGUAAUGGUGUUACCCCGUCAGACUUGCGGCCUCUUCACACACACUCUGCUGCUCGAGCGCUACCCCGGCGGCCGGCACCGCCUCGACCGCUCCAUACAAGGCGGGGAACUCUUCCAAACGGUCAUCAAUAACCCCAUAAACGUAUUCAUGACGCACAUGUCGAACUACGGCAACGAUCGUCUCGCGCUCUACACCUUUGAGUCCGUGGUCAAGUUCCUGCGGUGCUGGACGAAUGUGCGGCUCGCGUCUGCGCCGCCGCUGGCCCUCGCCGACAAGUACUUCCAACUGAGGCCCGAUGAACUCAAUCCGCUGUGGGGGAACCCGUGUGACGACAUCCGUCACCGUCGCAUCUGGUCGAAGAGCAAGUGGUGUGGGACUCUUCCGCGGGUGCUCGUUAUCGGACCUCAGAAGACCGGCAGUACAGCUCUCUACACGUUCUUGGCGAUGCAUCCAGCUCUAGCUCCCAACCUGCCCAGCCCGUCCACGUACGAAGAGCUGCAGUUCUUCAAUAAUAAUAAUUAUCUGAAGGGGCUUGACUGGUACCUGAAUUUCUUCCCGCCGAACAUGAGCAACAGUACUCCCAUCACGUUUGAGAAGUCCGCCACGUACUUCGACGGUGACUUGGUACCGAGGAGAGCGCACGCACUGCUGCCCAACGCGAAGAUCAUCGCCAUACUCAUAUCUCCGUCUAAAAGGGCUUACUCGUGGUACCAGCAUAUAAGGUCGCACGGUGACGCGGUUGCCAACAACUAUACGUUUCACACAGUCAUCACGGCGAACGACUCCGCUCCGAAACCCCUCAGGGACUUGAGAAAUCGUUGCCUAAACCCGGGCAAGUACAGUCACUACCUAGAGCGGUGGCUGGCGGAGUACAGCAGUCACCAGCUGCACAUCAUCGACGGGUCCCUGCUGAGGUCCGAACCCGCCGCUGUCAUGAACACGCUGCAAAAGUUCCUCAAGAUAUCACCGCAUAUCGACUAUAAUAAGUUGCUCAAGUACGAUCCGAAAAAAGGAUUUUUUUGCCAAGCAGUAGGUAACGACAGGACUAAGUGUCUCGGUAAAUCCAAGGGUCGGAUUUACCCUCCGAUGGAGGAGCGAUCUUCCAAGUUUCUAAAGCGAUACUACACGCCACACAACACGGCGCUGUCCAAGCUCCUGGUCAGGAUAGGCCGCACCGUUCCGCAGUGGCUCAAAGACGACCUGUCUUCAAACGGAUAGCAUAACUUUCAACCUAAAAGGUUGGAACGAAGCAAGAAAGUGUUGCACGGCUUGAUCAAAGUCUGUGUGAUCAGCAUCCCUUGACGAGGCCAAGGGUCGGCGCCAGCGCCAGCGGCCGUCCAUAAGUUACAAACUCUGGGCGAAGCUCGCCACUCGCGGCUCGCGCUCUACCCAAUGUUGUUCUUUCCAAGUGUUUCAAUGUGAGAGUAUUCUUGUUGAGCAAAUAUCUUUGUCUAUCGAUUCUUGUAAUAUAAUGUUUUAAAGAGUGAUAUUAAACGAUUUAAAGUUCUUGAUCUGUUUAAACGAGAUGAAGAAUGAUAUUGUUUUAGUUGAUUUGACUCUGUAGGGUGUAGUGAUUGACUCUGUGUUCCCUGUGAGACGGUUACGGUUCGACUUUGCUUGCCUGAACAUGUUGUUUCUUAGCCAUAUUUAUAUGGACAGUGUCCGGUGCACUCGUGUGCGCCCGUCUAGGUGCUAUUUGUUAGUAGUUUCAUUCGAUUUGUGUACGUUCGGUUAUUAUGUAAUCUCAUUUGCUUAGAUGCCAAUGUAUUGUUAAUCCAUCAUGGUUUUGUACUAAAUUGAUAAUGCUUUGUAUUUAGAUGUAAGGUGAGGUGGGGUGGAGUGCCCAGAGUGGAAUGAGUCACUGACCACCCGAAAUAACUUAAUAUGGUUUAUAAUGUUUUAUCAUAAUCGCUGGGGUACGAUAAGGUUAGAGAAAUAGUUAUUUACAAUGCGUAAAACUGUAUGUAUAUUAAACAAAAUCUAAUUUUGUUACUUCUGCAACGGGGUUUUAUAUUACCUGUGUGUAAAAAAAUAAACAUCUGUGUUUAACUUUUAAUACAGGAAUAAAAAUGGUUAUGUUAAUUAUUAUAGUGAUAAUGUAUAUGUAACAACAGCUAAUGACCCCUACUUCACCUAUUUAUGUAUACAGACGUGUUAACAGUUUAUAUUUCAUUCCACGCUCUAACCGACCAUCGCUACACGCUUAUUUUAACAUUUUGUUUAAUUACAAUGUACGUACCUGAUGCAAUAUGUAAAUUUGUAGUUAAUUUUGUACGUUUCAUAUAUGUAGUGUAGGUCUAACGUUAUUUUAACAAUCUCCUUGUCUAUCUGUGCCAUAACUAUAUUGUGAUGCAACUGGCACUCGAUAAUACUUUCGUUUUAAUUAAUUUUUUUUUUAUGUACACUAAUAUUUUGACAAUAGAAGAACAACUAGUCCUUUAUUUAAAGCGGCAUACAUUGAGAACAGACACAUGUUAUUUGUUCUCCUUGCACAAACUGUCAAGCAGUGUGUAUCGGACUCCUAAAGAAAGGCAUAACUGAGGUAUAUUGCUUUUACCUGGAAAAUAUUCGUUGCAACAUUCAAAGAAAAUAUAGUGAAAAUAAUUGUAUUGCAUUGUAAAUAUUUUUCUGUCUCGAAUAAAAAUAAAUGGAGCCGAGUUGUGCCUUUGAUAUUACGAGUACGCUACGCUAUGCAAUACGUACACCACAUCCAUUUUUUUUUUCAGUUACCGAAUUAGCAGUAAGAAUUUUUAAUAUACAUAUUGAAGAUGUCGCAUUAUAUUUUAAAUAAAUGAUAUCAAUGACGACCCAAUGAAUGAUACAUAAAUGUAUUUCGUAUAUAUUUUGAUAUGCAUAAAUUUAUUGGCGAGACGACUCGGCAAGGAUGAUGAAUGUUUUUUGUAAAACUAAUUCAUUAUAGAACAUUUCUUACUCUUUGUUGUAAUAGAUGUCGGUACUUAAAUAUUGUAAAAAAAUUCUUUUCUCGUGACAAAUACAUAGAAGAGUACAGAAAAAAAUACAUAUUAUGAAAUCGAUAUUUGAAUAUAGCGUUAAAUGUUAAUAUUUUUAUGGUACAUACGUUUAUCUUAUUUUAUUUAAUGUUUUUCGAAAGGCUUCAUAUUAAAAAUUUAUAUUGAAACUUCUGAUGUUCUUGGUAUAUUGUGAAGAUGUGUGUUAUGUAGAAACGGCCUUACGAUGUUAGAAGCGAGCUAUGAAACGUGUUACGGUGUUGUCAUCUGUGAACACGUACUCUGUGGACACGGGUUUACAUCUGUCACUGUAACGUGACAUAGUUCUAUGUACACUGUUCUGUUAUUCGGGCAACCAUCAAGUUUGUUUCACUGUGAAUCAAAUAGAAACACCCGUAUUCAUUAACAUAGCUGUUAUUUUAUGUAGAGAAUCGUUUUUAAAACAGCCUGUGACUGCUAUUAAAAUGUGUUCUUAAUAAAAAAUUAUUACAUCACUUAUUUUAUUAAAUGAUUUAAACCUUAA